UCACGGAGAAGUAGGUUAAUUAUGUGGGAUGGUUGAGCAUGGCCGCUUUGCUCAGAGGUGCCGAAGUCCGAUUGAUAUUUCGUAAUACGUCUAGAUACAGAUUUAACAGUUGUAUCAUUUGUAGGAGCUCUUUUAGCUCCUCUAGUAUUUGUCUUAUGAGUCGAGUAUGGAUUUACUUGUUUGCUGCGCUAUGCGCGCUCUUCUCACAAGGUGUAUAUCAGGUGGAGGGAAUGGAGGUGCUUACAGCAAAAGAGUUGGAGGCAGUCAACGGAACAGAUGUACGGCUCAAAUGUACAUUUAAAUCCACCCAUCCGCUCUCCGAAGACAGAAUUUCAGUAUCCUGGAGUUUCCGGCCACUCGGAAAGACAGAAGAAUCGUUUUUUCACUACCAAGGAAGUGCAUAUCCCCCAACAAGUGGCCUGUUAAAGGAUCAUGCUGUAUGGUCUGGUGAUGUAAUGAAGGGUGAUGCCUCCAUCACACUGCAGGAUGUGCAGUUCAGCUUUAACGGAACCUACAACUGCCAAGUCCGAAAUCCACCCGAUAUCCAGGGCACUGCUGGCAUGAUCAGCCUCAAAGUCGUCCAAAAAGUGUCAUUCUCUGAAAUUGGAAUUCUGGCUGUAGCUGUGGGUGGAUGCAUUGGCAUCAUUUUCCUAAUCCUGCUCAUCUACAUCAUUGUGCGGUCAUACCGAAGACAGGACCCUGACAUGGGCACUGAGAUGCAAGAAGAAAGAUUUAAGGAUCAGGUGUUGUAAGAGAGGACGCCUGACUCUGGGUUUUAGUGAGUCUGUACUAUUAGUGCAGUGUCUGUGGACUAACCUGUCUUUCACUUCCUAACUCUUCUGACUAGUGAUGAACAAUAACUGUAUCCAAUUCUAACACAUCAUUUUCUUAUUAUACUUUAUAAAAUAACAAAAAGUCCUAACUAUCGAGACACCAAGAUUGUCACUUGGACUUACUUCGGAUGAAUUUUUAAAGAGAUUUAAAAUUUUAGCUUAAAAUAUCAUUUUUAUACAUUACAUUUGAAAGUUUUAUUAGAUUUUACAUGUGAUUUAAAGAGUUGUUUUAAGUAUUAUUUUUUGACAAAAUUAUGUAUUAAAACUUCAGGUGAUUGGGGUUAAUAAUUUUUAUACAUUACAUUUGAAAGACAUAUUCUGAUAUAUACACUACCGGUCAAAAGUUUUGAAACACUUACUCAUUCUUUAUUAUAAUUUUUUUCACAUUUUAGAAUAAUAGUAAAGUCAUCAAAACUAUGGAAUAACAUAAAUGGAACUAUGGGAAUUAUGUUGUGACUAAACAAAAUCCAAAAUAAAUCAAAAUUGUGUUAUAUUUUAGCAUCUUCAAAGUAGUCACCCUUUGCCUAGAAUUUGCAGAAAUGUACUCUUGACAUUUUCCCAACCAACUUCUUGAGGUAUCACCCUGGGAUGCUUUUUAAACAGUAUUGAAGGAGUUCCCAUCUAUGCUGGACACUUAUUGGCUACUUUUCUUUAUUAUUUGGUCCAAGUCAUCAAUUUCUAAAACUUUUUUUUAAACUAAAUUUUAGUUUUAUAAUGAAAUAAAUUAAUAUGGUGGCACAAUUAUAUUUUUGUCUACAAAACUAAUUUCAAACAUUUAAGCAUACGCCUUCAGAUCUUCAAACUUUUGACCAGUAUUUGUGUCUGUGUGUGUGUGUGUGUGUGUGUAUAUAUAUAUAUAUAUAUAUAUAUAUAUAUAUAUAUAUAUAUAUAUAUAUAUAUAUAUAUAUAUAUAUAUAUACACAUUUUUUCCCUCCUCAAAGAAACAAUGUCAGUUUCAGCACAUUGUUGUGAUGUGUUUAAUAUAAACCUUAAAGAACAUGUGGCUCAUGGAAGUGGACUUUUACUGGAUAUAUGUAUGACUUAACAUUUUUCCACUAUACAUUCCAUGUUUAUCCAUAUAUGGCCAUUUGUAUGUUCACACAUGUACAUGAUUUGCAUAUAUAGCCAACAUAUGUGGUUUGCACAGGUGGUGUGUAUCUCUGCAUCUAUGUCUGGAUGUGUUUCUGUGUAGGUGUGGUCUAUAAACCAGUGCAACAAAGGAAGCUAUCUGAUUAAAAGGGCCACAGAAGGUUCUGGAAAUGUACAGCUUGGAUGGAGUGGAUCAGACUGUAGCCAUAAACAUGACUGAACAAAAACAAAACCUGCCGAUCUCAGUGCAUAAACCACACAUCUUUAAAGGGUUAUGGGAUUCUUUGUUUAGUUAUAAUGCUGCUGCCCAAAUUGUUCUGAGAGUUUAGAAUCUACAUACUGUGUUUUGUGCUGACCAUGAUUCUUUUCCAAUUUGCAAACUGCAGUGUUCUAAAUUAGUUAAUAGAACCCUUUAAUCUUAGUAUACAAUUCAAUAUCAAAUAUACAACAAUUAGCUCUGGUCUUCGAAUCUGAUUGGACGAGAGAUGUUCUAUGAGUACUGAUAGUCUCACACCAUCAGCACUCGGACGCUUCACUGUGUGUAUCACUCCGCUUGUGUUCGUGCCGUUCUAAACUAAAGUAUAAGAGCAGUGCAGAUGUGUUAAGAGCUAUAUGUCUCUUUACAUUUAAUAUUGUGACAUUACAUAUUUUAGCCAGCAGGUGGAGGUAAAUUACCAUUUUUGUGUGUAAUAUGAGCCAGUUGGUGGCGUGAAGUUAGUCAGCAUCACUCAGUGUUUACAUUCAACAUCACUCCUUGAUUGCUCGUAUUACUACUACACUACUAAAGCUAGGAAAUAGCUUUAAACGGCUUUAACAAUUUCAGCAUUAAGGCUCAUCACAGCUGAGAGACACAACAGACUGAUUAAUUACACAAACUCAAGGUGCUUACCUCUUACCAGAGUUUCCAAAUUGCAGAAGGCAUACUGUUCAGAAUGGUGGAGGAGAUUGCGGAUUCUGUAGUGGAUGACUCUUGCGCACCGGCUACUGUGAAAUAGGAAGGAAUACCCCCGCUUGGAUGGCUAUUUUUCCACUCAGAAUAUAGAAUGCUUUUGACCAAAAUGACAUUGUCUUCAGAAAGUUAACUAACAAACUACAUCAUCAUCAACAGGUGAUCACACACGCUCCACAUCUCUCUCUCUCUCUCUCUCUCUCUCUCUCACACACACACACACACACACACACACACACACACACAUCCGUGACAUAAGAAAGAAGGUCCAUGCACAAAUGUGUUUUUUAU